AUGCUCUACGCCACGAUUGGGCUUCUAGGGAAGCAGUUUUAUGCCCUCGAAGGCAUUAACGCGGGCAAAGUCUCUAUCGAUGUAGACAAGGCGGGCCUGUACGCAGCGACAGUCGCACUCGUGUCUGCUAAAGGCCUUGGGCGGAUACAGAAAGACGGGACUGUGGCCAGACCAGGGAAAGAACUGGACAGGGGCGUAAUCAGCAAGACCUCCAUGAUUCAGUGA